UAAUUCUCUGGUGAUCAUGGGGGGGUUCCAAACUUCCAUCUUUGCAUUUCUUGGUGUUUUGUCUCUUAUACUACUUCUGGUUCAUGCCCAGGAUCAAUCAGACUUCAUAAGCAUAGAUUGUGGGUUGCCAGCAAACUCAACAUACAAGGAAGAGACAACAAGCAUAGAUUACAUCUCAGACGCUAACUACAUAGACACUGGUAUUAUUAGGAACAUAGCAUCUGAAUUGCAAGGUACCCUUCAACAGCAAGUAUGGAAUGUCAGAAGCUUUCCUCAAGGAGUCCGGAACUGUUACACCAUAAACAUCACAAGAGGCACUAAAUAUUUGAUACGAGCAACCUUCGUGCAUGGGAAUUACGAUGGAGAAGGUAAUUUACCAGAAUUCGAUCUGUAUCUCGGGACAAACAUGUGGGAUACAGUCAAGGUGGAGAAUGCAUCCUAUAGUAUUAUCAAGGAACUCAUACACGUCCCAUCUCGAAACUAUAUACACGUCUGUCUCGUAAACACCGGCCUCGGGACACCAUUUAUAUCAGCAAUCGAGUUCAGGCCAUUAAAAAACAACUCGUACGUGACCAAAUCUGGAUCAUUGGCACUACUUUUGCGCGCAGAUGCUGGUUCAACUAGCAAUCAAUCAUACAGGUAUGCAUACGAUGUGCAUGAUCGCCUUUGGUCGCCCUAUAACUACAAUAAGUGGAAAGCCUUGAGCACAGGACUUACCAUUGAUUCCCAAAGUCAGAAUGCUUAUCAACCAGCAUCUGUUGUCAUGAGUACUGCAGCCACCCCAAUAAACGAAAGCGCUCCCAUGGAAUUCUAUUGGGAAGCAGACGAUCCGAAUACCCAAUUCUAUAUCUUCAUGCACUUUGCAGAAGUCGUAAAGCUAGAACCCAACCAGUCCAGAUCAUUCAACAUUACUCUGAAUGGGAAAUACUGGUAUGGACCUCUUGUUCCUGAUUACCUGUACACAACUACUGUGUUCAGUCCAUCGGCCAUGACUGGAGGGAAGUAUGUUUUCUCGAUCUUCAAAGCGGAAAAUUCAACACUUCCACCCAUCGUCAACGCAGUUGAGAUCUAUUCUGUGAAAGAUUUCUUGCAAUCAGAAACAGACCGAGCGGAUGUUGAUGCCAUCAGAAAGAUAAAAUCAACAUAUGGAAUAAAGAGAAAUUGGCAGGGAGAUCCAUGUGCCCCGAAAGAGUACUCGUGGGAAGGUCUAGAUUGUAGCUAUGAUGCUGAUAAUGCCCCCAGAAUCACAUCCUUGAAGUUGUCCUCCAGUGGAUUGGCCGGAGAGAUAUCUGCUGAUAUAUCAAAUCUCGUAAUGUUACAAUCUUUGGAUCUAUCAAACAAUAGCUUGACUGGAUCAGUGCCUGAUUUUCUGUCUGAGUUACCAAACUUGAGGGUCUUAAACUUAGAACGAAACAAGCUCACAGGUUCAGUUCCACUUGAACUAAUUGAAAGAAGGGAAAAUGGUUCACUAUCAUUAAGUGUGGAAGAAAAUUCAGAACUUUGUGGGUCCCGUUCUUGCAAAAAGAAGAAAAACAACAUUGUUAUUCCAAUAGUAGCAUCAGUCGUCGGUGGAUUGCUUGUCCUCACAUUGAUUGUCAUGGCUAUCUUUUGGGGGAUUAGAAGGAGAACAAAACAGGCUGCGAUGGUAGAUACUGAAUCCCACAUGCAGAAUGUGUCAUUGGAGUUGUUACAACGUCAAUUUACAUACUCUGAACUACUAAGAUAUACCAACAACUUUGAGAGAAUUCUUGGAAAGGGUGGAUUCGGAACCGUUUAUCAUGGCUACAUAGAUGACACCCAAGUUGCAGUGAAGAUGCUCUCUCAUUCAUCAGUUCAAGGUUAUCAGCAAUUUCAAUCUGAGGUUAGACUUCUUAUGAGAGUUCAUCAUCGAAAUUUGACUACCCUUGUUGGGUACUGCUAUGAAGGAACAAACAUGGGGCUCGUUUAUGAGUACAUGCCCAACGGAGACUUGGAUGCACAUCUUUCAGAUGGGAACGCAAAAACCUUGACUUGGGAAGAUAGACUUCGAAUAGCGACGGAUGCUGCACAAGGAUUGGAGUAUCUGCACUGUGGUUGUAAGCCACCUAUAGUCCACAGAGACGUGAAGACUACAAACAUAUUGUUGAACGAAAAUCUGCAGGCAAAACUGGCUGAUUUUGGGCUCUCCAAGAUUUUCCCUACUGAUAGUGGCACUCAUGUUUCUACGGUUGUUGCUGGCACCCCUGGCUACCUUGACCCCGAGUACUACAUAACAAACUGGUUAACCGAGAAAAGCGAUGUCUAUAGCUUUGGAGUGGUUCUACUGGAGAUAAUCACGAGUCGACCUGUUAUAGAAAGAUCUGAGGCAAGGACUCACGUAAGUCAAUUCGUGAGUUCCAUGCUUGCCAAGGGAGACAUAAAAAAUAUAGUUGAUCCCAGGUUGUAUGGAAACUUCAACAGUAACUCUGCUUGGAAAGCCGUUGAAAUAGCAAUGGGUUGUGUAUCUCCAACUGCUGCGAAAAGGCCAACCAUGAGCCAGGUAGUGGCGGACCUAAAGGAGUGUAUGGCAACUGAAUUAGCUCGGGCGAAUGAGGGCGAUUCCAGUGAAUCCAUGGAAAUGAUCAACAUGGAUCUGGCUACUGAACUCAAUCCGUUGGCAAGGUGAAUGUACGUUCGUACAGAUUGAAACUGGUCAUGUACGUACAUGGUGUAUCGAAUCAGCUUGAAGAUGAUUUUCUGCUUUCCGGUAAUUUUCUAUCGAUGAAUAAUAUUGUUGCUCCAUUGAUCACCCAUCAGGGUCCUAAUAUUGGGACUAUUUUGUUUGAAAUAUGUACCCAAGUUAUUGAGAUUGUAUAUCUAUGAUCUUUUCCAAAAUAAAUAAAUGAAGGGAACAACAAUAAAGA